AUAAGGGUCUGUUUCUGAACUAAUGAUUGGCCUCCAGUUUAUAAUCCCACAUGAAGGGGUGGAGCCCCCUGUGAGACCAGAGUGGAAGGCUCUUAAACCAGAGACCUUCAGCAAGAAGGCAGAGCAGCUUUUCUACAGCUAAUUUGCUACUGACAAAGAGUUAGAGAAAGAUGGCGGGCUCUUUCACGCGUCUGAUAUCUGGCCGCAAGACGGCGGUGCUGUUGGCCAGCUUGGGAGCGGGAACGAUGGCGACCGGCUUCUUGCUGAGCGAAAACAGCUCCCUGGCUGCUGAGGCGAAGAAGAAGCUCUAUCCUCCCAGCGCUGACUUCCCGGACCUGAGGAAACACAACAACUGCAUGGCCUCGGCUCUGACUCCGGCCAUUUAUGCCAAACUGAGGGACAAGGUCACCCCCAACAACUGGACCCUAGACCAGUGCAUCCAAACUGGAGUUGACAACCCCGGACACCCUUUCAUCAAGACGGUGGGCUGUGUGGCUGGUGACGAGGAGAGCUACGAGGUGUUUGCUGAACUCUUCGACCCCGUCAUCAAAGACAGGCACAACGGCUACGACCCCAGAACCAUGACACAUCCCACUGACCUGGAUGCCUCCAAGAUAACCAGCGGCAUGUUUGAUGAGAAUUACGUCCUGUCGUCCCGUGUCCGGACCGGCCGCAGCAUCCGCGGGCUGAGCCUCCCCCCGGCCUGUUCGAGGGCUGAGCGUCGCGAGGUGGAGCGGGUGGUUGUGACGGCCCUGGCCGGUCUGAAGGGAGACCUGGCUGGACGCUACUACAGCCUGGGAGACAUGACGGAGAAGGAGCAGCAGCAGCUCAUUGAUGAUCACUUCCUAUUUGACAAGCCUGUGUCUCCAUUACUCACCUCGGCCUUCAUGGCCCGAGACUGGCCUGACGCCAGGGGGAUCUGGCACAACAAUGAGAAGACCUUCCUGAUCUGGGUGAAUGAGGAGGACCACACCAGAGUCAUCUCCAUGGAGAAGGGAGGCAACAUGAAGAGAGUGUUCGAAAGAUUCUGCCGUGGACUCAAACAGGUGGAGCAUCUGAUCCAGGAGAGAGGCUGGGAAUUCAUGUGGAAUAAGCGUCUGGGCUACAUCCUCACAUGUCCCUCCAACCUGGGCACCGGCCUCAGGGCGGGCGUGCACGUACGCCUGCCAAACCUCAGCAAGGACGCACGUUUCUCCAAAAUCCUCGACAACCUGCGGCUGCAGAAGAGAGGCACAGGAGGAGUGGACACGGCUGCUACCGGAGACACCUUUGACAUUUCCAACAACGACCGUCUGGGCAAAUCUGAGGUGGAGCUGGUCCAGCUGCUGAUCGAUGGGGUCAACUACCUGAUUGAGUGUGAGAAGAAGCUGGAGAAGGGACAGGACAUCAAAGUGCCGUCUCCCAUUGCACAGUUUAGGAAAUAAAAGCUGGACUCAUCGUACCAUGAGGAGGGCGGCGCUCUGCUCGGCGUUCCCUUCCAAACUGAGCCUGCGGAGAACCUCAGAGCGACGUCUGUCCACUGCUACAGAGGAGGCUGUUUCUUUACUCCUCCUACACAGAUUACAAAUCUUCAGGGUUUAACCUAAUCUUAAACAUGAUCUGCAGUUCAGGAAGUUCUACCUCGAGUGAAGGUCUGCACUGUAACCCUGACUUCAA